AUACAAAUUUCAAAACGAAAAGAAAUAUAUUGUAAAUAAAUCAAACUUCCUAGAAUUUUAACUGUCUAAACUACCUUAAGUUUAUGUAAUUAAGACAAAGUAUUCAAUAAUAAUGGACUGUUAAUUCACAUUAGAAAUGGAGUUUGAUGAUGUGAUUGUAAAGGAGAAUCCGGGACUAUGCCGGUGUUGUCUUUCAGAAGGAUGCUACAAGGAAUUGGCCACUGAAUACAUUUGGAUGGGAGAAAAUGAGGUCUAUGCUGAUAUGUUGUUGGAAUGUUUUGAUAUAAGCAUAUCACAAAACAAUGAAGGUCCAAAUGGCACAAAUAGGCUUAUAUGUGAAGUUUGUAUCACUCGGCUCAGAGAUGCUUGCAAUUUUAAGAAACAGGUUCUUGAAUGUGAGAAAAAAUUUGUGGAUAUGGUGGGACGAGGUGACUUUAAGCAAAGAGUUACAGUGGACAUACUGUUUGAAGAAGAUCUCAAAUUGGAACAAAAUGCAGAAGAACAGUCGGAAGAUACAGGAAACUUUGACUUCUUGGAAGAACCAAUGGCCUUUGAUGAUGAGAUUAAUGAUGACGUCACAGCCGAGCCAUUACCCGUUAAAGGAAAACGUGGGAGACCCAAAAAGUCGAUAAAAACAGUGAAAAAGAAAGAAGAAAAACCCAAGACAUCGAAAGCUAAAGAUGAAAAUCCGGAAGGCCUAGAGCCUUAUACGUCUGAGAAGAGAAGGAAAAACUUGCAAAUACUCUUCAACAACACAACGAUAAUACCAUUUAAAUGGCGAGGGAAAUAUUUGUGUUUCUAUUGUGCUAAUGACUAUACGGAUUACUCAGAUUUAAAGAAACACAUGAAAUCGCACGGCCAAUGCACAACACGGGACUACUCGCUCAAAGCAAUCAAAGGAAACAGUAUAGAAAUUAAACUAGACAUAUCGGCUAUUGAAUGUGAAAUCUGCAACGAACCUUUUACGAGUCGAAGUGAAAUAGUCGAUCACUUGAUAGGAAAACACGAUUUGGAUUACGAUAAAACAGUUGAAACGCCAAUCUCAGAAUUUCGGUUGGUGGAUAUGAAGUGCCAGUAUUGUGAAAAGGAUUUUUCCUACUUCGUCUAUUUAAGGAGACAUUUGAAGCUUGUGCACUCGCAAAAUAAUUUUGUUUGCGACGACUGUGGAGCCACGUUCAAUAGUAAACGGGAUUUGGCAUUUCACCUCCACAAUUUCCACAAAUAUGGAGGGUACCCGUGCGACGUGUGCGCAGAUGUCUUCGAUUCCAAAAACGCUUUGAAAAGUCACAAAAACAAAAAUCAUUUCAGAAAGUGCAUAUAUUGUAAUGGUAGCUUCGCGUCCUUUUCCUUGUUACAAAAGCAUAUCCAGAACGAUCAUUCCCAGUUUAAAAGUAAUAAGUGUCCAUUUUGUUCAAAAAAAUGUCAUUCAAAGCAAGGUGUCGGGCUGCACAUAAAAAACUGUAAAAUGAAUAUCCUACAAACGACUCCAGCUAUGCUACCUUCUGAAAACGCUAUAGAGCCGAAGAAAAAGCAAAAUUUAACCCAAAUUAGACGAAAUAUAAUUAACGUAUUAAAUAUGACAUCAGUAGUACCUUUUAAAUUCUUUGGCAAGUUUUCCUGCUUCUAUUGCUCGUUACGGUUCACGGACUUUGAGGAACUCAAACAACAUACGGCGUCCGAACAUCCGUUUUGCGAUUUAAACACGCCCAGUAUUAAGAAAUGUAAAGGCGAACGGACAACUGUCAAAAUUGACAUUUCCUCCCUCUCGUGUAGAAUCUGCAGUCAACCAGCUGAACAAUUCGAAGAACUGAUCGAUCAUAUUAUAGCUAAACAUAGUGCGUCCUACGAUAAAUCUGUUAUUAGCUUUGAGCCGUUUCGUAUUUAUAUCGACAAAUGCUCUUGCACGCAUUGUUCCAGCGUUUUUCGAUAUUUCACAACUUUACUGCGCCACUGCAACUCUGAGCAUAGCAAUACGUGCCACGUGUGUGAUUCUUGCGGGAGGAGUUUUAAAAAGGUGUCAAAUUUAACAGCGCACAUUGCGCAUACGCAUAAAGGCGCUUGCGAGUGUGCUAUAUGCGGUAUUCAGUAUAGGAACCAGUGGUGUUUGAACCGGCAUAACGCUAAAUGCCAUAAUGCGAAGGAUUUUAAGUGUCCUAACUGCAAUGAGCAGUUUCAGUCGCCGUAUCAAAGACAGAAGCAUCUGAUAAAAGUUCAUGAUAUAGGGCAUAAGUGUAGCUAUUGUGGUAGAAUGUUUACGAGGAAUUCGUUCAUGAGGGAUCACAUUAGACGGACCCAUUUGAAGGAGAAAAAUAUGGAAUGCUCAAUUUGUGGGGAGAAAUUUUUUGAUAAUCAUCUGUUGAAGCUUCAUAUGGUGAAACAUGAAGGUGUUAGGAAGUUCAGUUGCGCUGUAUGUUGUAAAUCGUUUAUGCGACGUAGUAAUUUGGCAUCGCACAUGGGUAUGCACAAGAAAUAUGGGCACGUUAACGCUGAAUAAAUGUAAAAAAUCGUCAAAAAGCAUUUUGGUAGAUAGCCUCGUUAUUUGCAUGUUCCCGCUAGCUCUUCUUUGAGCUAUAUCUUAGACGUGGCGCGCUGUCUUUUCAUUUUACCUUAAGUUUAUCAACUAUUACUUAAAUACCCUUCCACAACUGAGCGUUUCUUUAGGCAGUGUUUGCCGUGCACCACCACUUUAUUGUAUUUCCGAACCAAUUCGCCUUAGGGUCCUUCAUUCUUAAAAGGCCACGCCAUCUGCCAAUGUGAGUCCAUAGGCGGCGGUUUUGAGCUUAGCAAGAUAUUUUUAUAUUAAUUUUAAUUUGUAGGCAAGUGCGUUACGUAUGGCCAUGCUCUGCUCAGCCAGAAGUUCUCACGUUAAGGUUUAUUAAAAUUUGUGGGUAGAUGAAAAAAUUCUGCUUUUGCAACGAAUUUAAAUAUUUAAUUCUCGACUAUCAGGUAUCUAAUGAAUCUAUGUUGUGGGCUUUAUUUAGUUACAAAAAAAUUACAUAGGGCCUUAUCUACUUUUAAACUACCCUCAACUAAACUCGAAAUUUAAAACUAUUUGUAAGCGUAACUCAGUCUCACAAAGCCUAUCACAAAUGUGUUCUCUGAGAAUGGUAAAGCACGCCGUUUGCUAAUAAGUAAACCCUUUCGAGCUUUUAUCAACGAAACUUAUUAAUUUUACUACUAAUAUGAUAAAAUAAAAGUGUUUAUGAAAACGCUACUACUAAUAAUUGUGUAUAAGGUCUUAGAUAUUAAAUUUUAGUACAUAAGCGAAAGUGUAUAAUUUAUUUUUAACUUUGCUAUAUGAUAAUCAAAUCUAGAUAAUUUGUAUGUAAAUAAAGAUUUAUAGAAA